GUGCGCGGGGCGCCCAACCGCUCCGGAGCUCCUGGAGGAGGCAGUUGCAGGUGCCGGCUGCUGCAGCGCAGUAGCUGCUGGAGGCUGGCGAGGCCCGGAGGCGGUGCAGGAAGCCUCCGACCACGCGGGCUCCUGAUCGCGGGCGCCCACAGCGCGGACAUGGCGGGCUGGUGGCCGGCGUUGUCGCGCACGGCCCGGCGCCACCCGCGGCCCACCAACGUGCUGCUCUAAGUUGCUAGAGCAACGUAGCUCUACGCUCUACCAGUGUGCCUUAGCUCGCUCGUCUCCGCCGGGGACGUGCUGCAGCAACGGCUGCAGGGCCGCGAGGCCGACUGGCGCCAGACGCGGCGCGUGGCCACGUUGGUGGUGACCUUCCACGCCAACUUCAACUACGUGUGGCUGGGCCUGCUGGAGCGCGCGCUCCCAGGCCGAGCGCCGCACGCCGUGCUGGCCAAGUUGCUGUGCGACCAGGGGGUCGGUGCGCCCAUCGCGGUCUCGGCCUUCUACGCCGGUAUGAGCAUUCUCCAGGGAAAGGAUGACAUAUUUUUGGACCUGAAACAGAAAUUCUGGAACACCUAUAUGGGAUGGUAGACUGUGAGUGGCUUAAUGGAAUCAUUCCCACAUUCAGAGCCAAUGUUUUCAGCAAACUCAGUCAUGGCUUUGGAGAUCACUUUAAGCUUGUCUCCAGCUGGCAAACUAAGGAGGCACCCACAAUCAGCCACUGCGGGCGAGGAGGGCAUAAGGCCAGGUUCCCAAGAGCUCAGGAACAUGGAGCUGAUCCAGGACACCUCCCGCCCGCCACUGGAGUACGUGAAGGGGGUCCCGCUCAUCAAGUACUUUGCAGAGGCACUGGGGCCCCUGCAAAGCUUCCAGGCCCGGCCUGAUGACCUGCUCAUCAGCACCUACCCCAAGUCCGGCACCACCUGGGUGAGCCAGAUUCUGGACAUGAUCUACCAGGGCGGUGACCUGGAGAAGUGUCACCGAGCUCCCAUCUUCAUGCGGGUGCCCUUCCUUGAGUUCAAAGCCCCAGGGAUUCCCUCAGGGAUGGAGACUCUGAAAGACACACCGGCCCCACGACUCCUGAAGACACACCUGCCCCUGGCUCUGCUCCCCCAGACUCUGUUGGAUCAGAAGGUCAAGGUGGUCUAUGUUGCCCGCAACGCAAAGGAUGUGGCGGUUUCCUACUACCACUUCUACCACAUGGCCAAGGUCCACCCUGAGCCUGGGACCUGGGACAGCUUCCUGGAGAAGUUCAUGGUCGGAGAAGUGUCCUAUGGAUCCUGGUACCAGCACGUGCAGGAGUGGUGGGAGCUGAGCCGCACCCACCCUGUUCUCUACCUCUUCUAUGAAGACAUGAAGGAGAACCCCAAAAGGGAGAUUCAAAAGAUCCUGGAGUUUGUGGGGCGCUCCCUGCCAGAGGAGACCGUGGACUUCAUGGUUCAGCACACGUCGUUCAAGGAGAUGAAGAAGAACCCUAUGACCAACUACACCACCGUCCCCCAGGAGUUCAUGGACCACAGCAUCUCCCCCUUCAUGAGGAAAGGCAUGGCUGGGGACUGGAAGACCACCUUCACCGUGGCGCAGAAUGAGCGCUUCGAUGCGGACUAUGCGGAGAAGAUGGCAGGCUGCAGCCUCAGCUUCCGCUCUGAGCUGUGAGAGGGGCUCCUGGAGUCACUGCAGAGGGAGUGUGCGAAUCAAGCCUGACCAAGGGGCGAAUCAAUCCUGACCAAGAAUAAAAUAUGAAUUGAGGGCCAGGGACGGUAGGUCAUGUCUGUAAUCCCAGCAAUUUGGGAGGCUGAGGUGGGAGGAUCAUUUGAGCCCAGGAGUUCGAGACCAACCUGGGCAACAUAGUGAGAUUCUGUUAAAAAAAUAAAAUAAAAUAAAACCAA